GCUCGCUCGCGCGCGCCCACCAGCCCGCCCUCUCAGCGCGCGCUCGGCCGCCCGACGACGCGGGAGCCGCACGCGCCAGACGAGGCUCGCCGCGCUCAUUGCCGCCGAGCGCCGGCCCGCUGAGGCGGCGCCCUCGGUUCCCGGCCAGGAGGGAAUCUGUGGCCCCAGAGCGGAGGCGGCGGCGGGAAAGAUGAAGAACGAAAUUGCUGCCGUAGUCUUCUUUUUCACAAGGCUAGUUCGAAAACAUGAUAAGUUGAAAAAAGAAGCAGUCGAGAGGUUUGCUGAGAAAUUGACUCUAAUACUUCAAGAAAAAUAUAAAAAUCACUGGUAUCCAGAAAAACCAUCAAAAGGACAGGCCUACAGGUAUGGAGAGAAAAACAAUGCAUUCAUUGUUGCCAGCUUUGAAAAUGAGGAAGAGAACAAGGAUGAGAUUUCCAAGAAAGUGACCAGGGCCCUUGAUAAGGUUACCUCUGAUUAUCAUUCAGGGUCCUCUUCUUCAGAUGAAGAAACAAGUAAGGAAGUAGAAGUGAAACCCAAUUCAGUGGCUGCGACCCCCAGCCCCGUGUACCAGAUUUCAGAGCUGAUAUUCCCGCCUCUUCCAAUGUGGCACCCUUUACCCAGAAAAAAACCAGGAAUGUACCGAGGGAAUGGUCAUCAAAGUCACUACCCUCCUCCUGUUCCAUUUGGUUAUCCAAAUCAGGGAAGGAAGAAUAAACCAUAUCGCCCAAUUCCAGUAACAUGGGUACCUCCUCCUGGAAUGCAUUGUGACCGGAAUCACUGGAUUAAUCCUCACAUGUUAGCACCUCACUAGCUGCUUUGAUUCUUUUGGUGUCAUGUUGAGAGAAGGUAGAAUAAGCCUGACUGCAUAUUAAAAGUUCAUACUCAAAGUAGUAAAGUUAGAUGGGCUAAACCAUCAAACUUAUUUUUAUAGAGAAGUUAUUGAGAAUAAUCUUUCUUAAAAAAUAUAUAUGCACUUUAGAUAUAUUGAUAUAGUUUGAGAAACUUUAUUAAAGUUAGUCAAGUGCCUGAGUUUUUAAUAUUGGACUUGAGUAUUUAUAUAUUGUGCAUCAACUCUGUUGGAUAUGAGAACACUGUAGGAGUGGACGAUCUGUUCUAGCACCUUUGAGCAUUUACUUUAUGGAGAGUAUGUAAGUUAUUUAUACACAAGGAAAUCUAUUUUAUGUCGUUGUUUAGAAGAAUUGCGUGAAAUCAUGUAGUUGCAAAUAAAAAGUAGUUUGAGGCAUGACAAUGUGUGCUUCUGUUCUGUGCAUAAAAAGGGAGAAAGCAAAGGGGGUAUCUCACUUCCAUGUGUUUAAUUAAAUAUUUAGCAAAGAAAAAAAGCAAUGUAACAAUUUUAACUUUUCUUUAAAAAAUUAACUUUUUAUUAACCAUACCUUUCCCAAAGGCUAUAGUAUCAAAAGAUUCAUAUAAAACAUCUAAAGUUUGUUUGUUAGUAGUAGAUAAUUGAAAAUAUAAAUAUAAUGAAAUAUCUUUCAACCAUUAGAGUCACUAUAUGUAGGAUUUUCCUAACCAAGAAUUUGGCCUGUACAAAUUUUGAUAUGACAUCUGACUUAUACGCCUAGUGCCAUGGCAUAAAGCAGAAAUGUUCUUAUAGCUACGCUAAUCUCUGUGCCUUGUGCUUUUUUUUUCAACAUGUUAAAAGUCUUUAUUAGAUGUCUAAAAUAAAGCCAAAUAGUACAGUACUUCAGAUUCUUCAGUAGUCCAUAUUUAUACCACUGUAAUGCCAUCAGUCUCGUAAGUGUACUUGAACUAAAAGAGAAAAAAGAUAAAAGAAUUUAGGUUUUUUCCCAAAGGUAAAUUUUUAAAAACUAAAAGAUCAUUAUGUUUUCUCAUUACCUACAUCUUUAGAUUUCUAGUCUUAAAUUAUUUGACUUACCAGGAAAAUCACAACUUGCUAAUAAAUCAUUGGAUGUCCUUGGCUGUUCC